UUCCUGUCUCAUCCGGACCGGAAGUCGGCAAUUGAUAACGAUUUUUUUUGUUUAGAAAUAUUCUAUUCAGUAUUUAGUAGAUGUAGUGUUGCAUUUAUUAUUGAUUUAUACAGUGAUCAGGCGAGUCGUGACUUGGAGGAUAAAUUAAAGAAAAACCUACGCGUUCUUUGCUUACCGGAUGUGUCGUGGGUUCUGGAAGGAAAACACCGGAGCUCGGACAUGUAGCAGCCCGACGGCUGAAGAGUCGCAAAGAAGCUCUCGUCCCUAAAAUAUCUGAACGCAGAGUCGCGCUGUUUACAGCAGUCAUGUCGUCGCCGCCGCAGUACGAGAUGUACGACACAGCGCUGCUCGGCAUCCUGCAGCACGUCGGCAACAUCCAGGACUUCCUCCACGUCUACUUUGGCUUCUUGUACCGAAAGACGGACUUCUACCGGCUGCUGUCGAGUCCCGACGACAAGAUGGGCUUCCCCCCCGGAGUGGCGGAGAAGAUGGUCCUGAAGGUGUUCAAGUCGUUUGAGAGGAUGUCGGAACUAGAACGAGAGCGCCGCCUCAGUCAGCAGCACAGACUGGCAGAAGCCCCUCCGCCGGCAGUCCAGGAGCUGGAGGUCCAGUCAGAACCCGAGGCAUCAGAGUCCAGUGUCGAGCCAGCUGUCCCGUCAGAACCCGCCACUGACCAUUCUCAGUGUGAGGCGGCGCCAGCACCACCAGAGGAGGCGGCUGCUGCGGGCAGUUCAGACCAGACCAGGUACCAGGCAGAGCCAGAGAGCUACAACGGUGCGGUGCGAGAGAACUACUGCUGGUCACAGGACUACACUGACGUGGAGGUCCGGGUGCUCGUGCCCAAGUCUGUGGUGAGGGGUCGCCAGGUCAGCGUGAGCCUGCAGCCCGGCAGCGUGCGCGUGUGCGUGCAGGACGGAGACCAGGAUCGAACACUGAUGGAGGGUGACUUCACUCACCGGAUCAACACCGAGGACUCGCUGUGGAGUCUGGAGCCGGGAAAGUGCGUGGUGCUGUCUCUCAACAAGACUUCGGAGGUGUGGUGGAACGCCGUGCUGAAGGGUGAGGACGAGAUCGACGUCAACCAGAUCAACCGCGAGCGCUCCAUGGAGACGGUGGACGAGGAGGAACACGCCGUGCUGGACCGCCUCAACUUUGACUACGCCCAGAAGAUGCAGGGGAAGCCACAAAGCCAUGAGAUGAAGGUCCACGAGAUGCUGAAGAAGGGCUGGGACGCCGAGGGCUCGCCGUUCAAAGGGCAGCAGUUUGACCCAUCCAUGUUUGACAUCCCGCCUGGCGCUGUGCAGUUCUGACCCGCUGGACCUGCCCAAGAACUUUUGGAUUGAGAACUGUGGAGUCCAGGUGACCUGCCCCCUGACUCUGCCCACUGAGACCGUCAAGAUGACUUUGUUAAAGUUUGAAAUAAAAUUUCCUAAAAUA